AUGCAGCUGAAGCAGAUCAGCCGAAUACUGGUGCAGUUCAGCCCCUACACGGGGCAGGCGCGGUCGGCGCGGGAGUUCCUUGCCCGCGUGACCAGCCGCCCCGCGCAGUCCACCAACCCGGACUGCGAGGUUCAGGCGCGCGUGAGGGUGAAGGGCGACCCUUUUGUAGAGAUUGAGUACGACAACAAGCAGGUGACCCGCAUCGACACAGCAGACCUCACCAUACAGGAGAUCCUGCUCCAGGUGCAGAGCCGGGCGGAGGAGAUGGACACGAUGCAGAAGCUCAAGGCGGCGGGGCUGGGCAGCCAGCAGUUAGACAGCAGCUGGCACCGGCACUUGGGCAAGGAGACUGCCACCGUAGGGAAGAUUGAUUUUGUGCCGCGCCAGGCAUGA